AUUUCAAAGGAAGAAUGUAAACAAAAUAAAUUCUUGAAUAUUUUGAUCAUUUUCAGUAUCUGACCAUGUCUACAUCAGAAGAAAAUGAAUACGAAGAAUGUACGUCUAACGCUACGGAGGCGUUGCUAGUAGUUACCAGUGAUCAUACAGAUUUCGCCAAGAAAGAUCAACUGCAGGAACUCUGGGAUAGCAUCAACGAAGUUAAACAGAGAACACAGGAGAGGUUACAAAAUGAAAUACAAAAUCUUCAGAAUAUGGUAGAAAAAGCUGAAACUGAAGAAAAACAAGAAAAUGUGGAAAGAAAAGAAGAAAAACUAAUCACACAAUGUGAAGAGAUGAAAAUAAAACUAGAUGAGAUUUCCAGCGAUUGUGAAAAAUAUCAAAAGAAAGUGGCUGAGGAAGAAAAGGAAAAAGACAUUUUAAAAAAACUUUUAGAGGAAGUCAGCAAAAAUAAAUCCUAUUCUUUACCUAAAGCAAAAUACAAUGUCAAGUUAUAUUCCAACAUUUCACGAAUAAGAUGGCAGUCUGAUUCCAACUCAGAUGAAAUUAAAGGCUAUAUUUGUAACAAAGAUGAUAUUCAACCAUUUUGUUUCAAUACGAAGACUCACUCUCAGUAUUACAUUACUAAUUCUUUAUGGGGCUUGAUGAAAGAGGAUUGGUGAAGGUGGACAUGAUCUAAACUUUCUUAAAACUUGAUGAAAACUAUCUCCUAAACCUACCCUGAAAUUCUAGUGUUAAAGAAAUACAUUGUGAAAAAAAUUCUAAUAAUAGAAGACUAAUAAAGAAGACUAGCCAGGAAAAACAACAUUCAAAGUCCCUGGAAAAUGAAUUUAAUGGUGUUUAAAAUGAGGUUGUUAUUCUCUAUUGUUUUAUAUAAAAGAUGUUAUAAGUUAUAUUACUUGAAUUUCAGUUCAUAUGACAUUUUAUAUUGUUCCCACUCGGUGUUCAAAGUGUUAACUCGGAAAAAUUCUAUUAUGACUAAAGACUUGAAGCGAAAAAUAACCUUAAAAUUAUCUGGUUAUUAACUCUAGUGAGGAAGAUGACAUUGAAACUUCAAGUAAAACUAAUUGAUGGAAACUAUCAAAUGAAAACCAAAAAAUCUGAUUUGAAAUGAGGACAAUAACAAUUGUUCCUAAUCAAAAGAGACUGAUACAGUAGAUUGAUAUAGAGUGUUUGUUUGUAGUGAAAGGCAAUGUUAUCUCUUAUAGUUAAUUUUCUUGACCAAUCAUACUUUAGUCUCAGAGACAGGAAUUUUUUAGCUUAGCCAAUUAGUAAUAGUGUUCACAGCUCAUUGUGAAAUUUGAGCCAUCAAAUCCAUGUGUCCAGAAUUAUCUGCGUUUGAAUGUUACAAAAAACCACUUGUCUUUUCUUGAGACACUGCCAUAUAGAAGAUUAUGGAACUAUGUGAUUUUCGUACAUUUCUAGUACUUCUGAAGACUAUUUGAACAUGUUCAAGACCCAAAUCAACCCCAUAUAGCCAUUUAAUACGUAGAAAUAAAGAUCUAGAAAAAAACAAUGCUGUUAUAUUUUACAUUUUCAUUUAUUUUGAUUUUCAUAAUUAUAUUAAUGUACAUAAACCAAAAUGAACCAAUUAAAUGAAAUGAAAUUGAAAUGAAUUACUUAAACACCGAGAUCAGAUUGGAAAUGACAUGAAUUUUCACCUAAAAAAAAAACGUACAUCGCAAAUUAAAAUAAUAUUUACAAAAAUAAUUCAUUUCAGCACUUUUACUUUGUAAUUUACAUCUACAUAAUUAACCCAAUUCUUAUUAAGAUAAAAUUAAUUCUUGUACUUCCACUUUUGUGGGGUACAUAUUUAACAAAUUUGGCCAAUUAUUUUAGGGAAUCAGAAUAUUAUCUUGAAUAAAACUGAAACCUGCCAUUUACCAGUAUUUACAUUUUAUACACUGACCAAAUAAAGUCCAGCUGGAAUAUUUCAGGAGAAAAAAGUUAUUAUUAUUACACUCCUGUCACAACAUUGAAGUUUACAAAAAUUGAUGUGAUCCUUUAUUGUAGAUGAAAUCUGUUUAGUUUUUAAGAUUCAAUUGAAAUCAACAAGAAAGUAAAAUAACUGGAAUUAUAGUUUGCUAUUUCCUGAUAUUUACAUUGAAUACAUUAUACAAGAUUCUCAACCAACAAAAUACUCUUUAAUAGUCCUACUCUCUUUAUUUAAUUUUAG